AUGAUGGAGCCAGAGCCCACCUCCUACGAAGUGGUCGAGCUCGCCAAGUCUGGGCGGUCGACGUGCAAAAAGUGCCGGCAGCUCAUCCUCAAGGACACGCUGCGGGUCGGGAAGGUGUACCGCGAUCAGGACGAUAGGGAGCGGAAGAACUACUACCACCCUGCGUGCUGGCCCGUGCCUCGGAAGCUCACCUCGAUCGAGGAGGUGCGUGGAUUCGCCUCGCUCACGCAGGAGCAGCGCGAGGUCCUCGAGCUCCGCUUCCGCCAGCCUCGAGCGGUGGGCGCAAAGAAGGGCAAGGCGCCGGCGGAGGUGCAAGCCCAGGCGCCACCGGCUCUUUCCGCAGAGGACGCUGCCGAGCAGGAGUGGCUGCAUGGCCAGGCUGCCACUGCUGCCGCCGCGCCGUCAGCGGAGGAGAGCGACGCUGCGACGAGCUGGCGGGCCCGCGCUCCGCCAGGCUUCCCGCCGGACCAGCUCGACUUCCUCCUGUCGCAGCCUGCCGCGGAGUGCGCCGAGGCUGUGCCGGCGAUGGCGGAGGCGCUCGCUGCUCUCGUCGCGGCGGGCGACGCCUCGCCCACGGCGUUGGAGCAGCGGGAGGCGCUCCGCUUCAGCAUCGCCGUGGCGAAGGCGCGGGCCGCAGCGCCGCCCGCGCCUCCAGAG